AUGCAUACCACGUGGGCGCUCACAUCAGCCUUGACCCUCGCGGCCAGCGCCUCCGCCGCCGUCGUGCACGCAGGCGAGAUCCUCGACCUAGUCAAGGACGCCCCCGGGCUCGCCACGAGAGCCGACGUGCCCCGGGCGUGCCGCAACCCGGACAGCGCGCAGAGCGGCGAGCACUACCGCGCGCGGCCGUGCUACGACACGGUGGACGCAAAGUGGACCAAGGGGUGCUGCACCAUGUGGACGACGGCGUACAAGUGCGCCGACUCGCGCAGCAUGCAGUCGACGGCGGAGCUCAUCAACGCCGUCGCCCAGCAGGUCAAGGUGGACAGCCCCGUGCCGCCGCCGCUGGCGCCCGUGUCGCACGUUGGGCAGUGGACGGCUGGCUUCUCGGACGGGACCACGGCCGUGGCCAACUCGGACCAGGUGUGGGCUGGGUACGUGAGCGGCAUCCUGCACAUGCAGGAGGAGGAGUUUGUGCCGUCGUGGGUGGAGUUUACGACCAUCGACCCGGAUAGGGAUAUUAUUGAUGGCAUCAUCGCCAACUGCGCCAGGAAGCUGUAG